AUGAUGCGCUACGAGGGAAACGAAGAGCUCGCGGAUAAAUCCGCGUGUGCAGGUGUACGGGCAGACUUAAAAAUGUGUCUUCUACAGAGUGAUUGCUGCAAGAAGAAGAAAACACCAAGAGAAUGCUUGAACCGGACGGAUGGUUCCGUGCCGAAUGAGUGCUUUGUGCUGAGGAAUACAUUUUUCGAAUGCAAACGAUCAAUACUCGAUAAUCGACAACGGUUUCGUGGUAGGAAAGGUUACUAA